AUGAAUGGUCCACGGAGAGCAAUAGGGGCGUGCGCCCGCAGGCUCACCGGACCUCCUACCUUGCAGUCCCUGCCCUAUUCAUCAUCUUCUACCGCAUCAUGCACGCGACAAUUGUCGACUCGACGGCCCUUCAAAGGGCCGAGUAGACAUCAGGGACUUGGAAAGAGGCCUCUGCUAGCUCGCACUCUCAAUCCUGCCGUGGUCGCCAUACUACUCAUCGGUGGCAGCGCCGUAUACUAUCUCACCUCGCCCUCGUCGCGAGAAAAGGUCCUCAACCAAGACACCUUUGUCCCUUAUACAAUCACCUCGCGAGAGGCCAUCUCGGCGACAUCCUUCAUCUUUACCGUUGCGCCGCAGCACCCAAACCCGAGCCCGAGCUUCUUGACCGCCGCCGCCGACCCAUCCAAGCCCGCAGCAUGGCGCUACCCGCUCUGGUCCGUGGAAUUCAAGCAGCCAGAGGUGCAAAUCGCGCGAAACUACACGCCCCUCCCGCCUCUGCAAGGCGAGCGCCUAGAAGAUGGCAAGCUGCGCUUUUACGUGCGUUCGAUUCCCGGCGGCGAAAUGUCCACGUACUUGGGCCGUCUGGGCGUCGGGCGCCAAGUCUGGCUGAGAGGGACGCAUCCGGGAUUUGACGUGGCCACUCGGCUCGGCUCGCAGAAAAACGUCGUGUUUCUCGCUGGCGGCACGGGGGUGGCUCCAGCCAUGCAGGUGGCCAGGGCAGUACUGGACAGCCGCGAGGAUGCAAACUUUACGCUGCUCUGGGCCAUCAGGAGUCGGGAAGAACUUCAGCAAGCGCCUGAUGCCCCUGAUAAACGGCCCGUCUCAUCAUCUUGGUGGAACUGGUUUCGGGGCACUCCUCGGCCGCAGCCGACUCAAGUCGGCCAUCCCAUUACGGGCGCAAGCCCGCUUGGCCGACAACUGGACGAGAUGAAGGCACGCUACGGGGACCGACUGCGCAUUCACGUUGGCGUUGAUGACGAGAGCAGUCAAUUUCGCGAAUCUCACAUUGCAGAUGUUAUACAAAGCUCAGCUGCAGCACCGACGCUUCCCAGCGCGCCAGACUGCCAGCCGCACAAUCAAAAGUUCCACGCGCCGGCCUCGGAGUUUGAGCCGAAUGGGGCACGCCCGUGCACGUGCGAAACAGGCAGUCGAGGUAAGAACCUGCUCAUGGUCUCGGGCCCGCAAGGGUUCAUAUCGCAUUAUGCAGGGCCCAAGGUGUGGCUAGGUGGCGUGGAAACACAGGGUGCUGUCGGCGGUGUAGCUGCGGAACUGCGUAGGAGGCACUCGGGCUUUGCUGCUGACUGGCUUGUAUUGAAGUUGUAG